AUGCGUAUGCGCGUUGCACCAUCUAAUCAGAUCUCAAAUACACACUGCUUCCAAGGAACAUCCCUCCAUACAAUGUCCACCCUGUGUGAUGGAAGUAAGAGCUGUUCUGUUCCUGCAGUGAAUUCCGUUUUCUCUGAUCCUUGUCAUGGGACUCAUAAAUACCUGGAUGUGUCUUAUCUCUGUACCCCUGCAAAAAGAAGUGUAACCUGUGAAAAUACCCAAAGUACCAUUUUCUGUGAAACUGGUGUUAUUUCUGUUCAUCAUGCCAAUUAUGGACGGCGGGAUCUUGUAACCUGCCCCCAUAAAUUAGCAACCACACCCCACUGUUACUCUCCUCAGACUGGCAGCCUGCGUUCCAGGUGCAAUGGGAGGACGUCUUGUCAACUAAAUGCUUCAAAUUCUGUCUACUCUGAUCCAUGUUGGGGUGUCUAUAAGUAUUUGGAAGUGAUGUACAGCUGUAUAUAAUACUGUGAUUAAAAAAUGUGAAAUUAAAAAAUGAUAAUGAACAUUUAAUUUCAUAACUUACAAAUUCAUUUGGAAAGCUUUAUUGAUCAUGUGUCAACAAAUGAGAAUAAUGGGAGGUAAAUGUUUCAAAAAGUAGAAAAUCUGUCCCCUCCCCAUUUUGUAUAUGUAUAGUAUCAUUUCUUUAAUUUUUCUUUUGAUUUUGAGGUGACUUUUAUGGGAU